GAGGAAGUUUGUAGUUUGUAGACUCCAGACACAAGCUGGGCUCCCCGUUUAGAAACAAGGACAAGCAUCCAGAAGAAGGACCGCUGCCGGAGGCGAUGUGACCGCUUUACGACUCCUCUCUGGGGGGGAUCUUUACAAGCAAACCAUGCACCGUUUCCUCCCUCUGCUGUGUGUCUGGCUCUGCAUCACGCCGGUAGGCAGCUUUUUCCAAGGGACCUGUCCGAAACAAGAACCUCCCCCUGGCGUGCUAGUUGUGUCCCCGGGCAGUAGCUUGGUUCUGUCCUGUGAUGGUGACGUGAAGGUGGACGGAGCAAAGGUCAAGGUGUCCAAACAGAGCUCAAACAACAACACAGGAGAACGUUCCUCCAGUGUGACGCAGACCACAGCGGAAAAACCACACCGCAACAAAGCUUUCAGAAAAGAUGAUACAAACACAAUGAAGGAUAAGCGUCAGGACCAAGGAGUCCAGCCUACCAGUUCACCUCCAAAGGCUGAUGGCAUGGACACCAGCACGGCGUCAAGGGGCUUCAAGGGGAAGUGGAAGUUGAAUGGGAAGACCGUCGGGAGAGGACACUGGGAUUGGGAGGGGUUCACGGUGGGGAGGGGCGGGACACAGCUCUCAGUGUCCUCAGUGCAAGUGAAGGAUUCCGGGAAUUACUCGUGUCACCACCGAGGCAGAGAGAGGUUCACCAUAAAGGUCAUGGUGGCAGAUCCUCCAGAGACCCCCAGACUGUCCUGCAGCAAAAAGUCACCCAGCAGUAAGAUCCGCUGUGAGUGGACGCCUGAGAAGCCGUUGACUUUACGACCUCACUGCUCCCUGUUGCUCAGUAAACGGCCCAGCGACACAUUCCAUCGUGUUCCAUGCUCCUUCUCCUCCCAUUGGUCCCGCUGCUGGUGCGCUCUGGACCACGACGAGGACGAGCUCAGAACCAGUCACAUGGCCUAUUUGUGUGUGACAAGUGUGGCUGGCAACGCCACCAGCCCCAUCUUGUCCUUUUCCCCUCUGGGUAUACUGAGGCCCGAUCCUCCGGCGGCGGUGGCGGUGCGACAGGAAGUAGGGCAUGAGACCAGGCUAACGGUCAACUGGACUUACCCCGCCUCCUGGAAGUCUCAAGACACUUAUUAUGAGCUCGUCUAUGAACUCAGAUAUCAACCGGUCGAUUCUUCUCAUGAGCAGGUGAGGUUAAUCAAGGGCCGUCGCUCCUUCACCAUCACCGACGCACUGUCAGGUGUGGAGUACAUGAUCCAGCUCAGGACUCAGGAUGAAUUUGACGGACUGUGGAGCAGCUGGAGUGCACCGGUCUAUGGCAGCAGCUGGACUGAUGUACGGACGCAAGAACCCGUGGUAUUGCUGAAUGACGACUUGUUCCCGGAGUACGAAAGUUCUGGAACAGAAGACGAGCCAUCAGAAGUACUUCCUGAAUUAAGCGUCAGUCGUCCCACAGCCGUGUCACAUCACAUCCUGUGGAUCUCAUGUCCGUUGGCCCUCUUCGCCGUCAUUUUGGUCGCCUGCGUGUUCAGAGACAAGAACAAAUUCUUGUCCAAACUCCACAGCUUGAGUCUCUCCGGUCGCCAACCCGCACCGCCUGCCCCGAUCGCACCGGAAGGUCGAGCCCUGGUGACUUUUCAUCCCCCGGUUACCAAAGAAGACGAGCGGUCAGAGAUGGCGAGACAGGAAGUCGUUCAUUACAACAACACACAUUACUUCUUAGCCCAAGGCCAGUGACGCUUACUUGACGAUGGACUCUCAAUAUCGAUCUAACACCAGGGAAAGCUUUUCUACCUUUUAUGACUUCUUACCUUAAACAUGCAGCCUUUAAGCUAAUCUAUUCACUGAUGGACCGUUCUAUUGUACAGAGAACCACAUGUUCACAUUUCACAUUUCAAUCACAUUUUUGAUAAAGUCUAUUAAAUAUCACAGAUUCGUGAAUGUCAA